AUAAAGCUGUCGGUUGUCGCGCUGUCUCCUAUAGUUGUAUAGAGUGGGGGAAGAAUUCCAUUUGCUAGUGACUGUUUUAUGUUUUAUUUAGUGUUAGUUAUUAAAAAGAACAAAUUAUCAAGUUUCUUAUUCUUUAUUUUAAUAUUUCAAUAUUCAUUUAUUCAAUUAUAAAUAAGAUAUAACGAUAUGGGUUACGUUCCCAUGGUAUACAAACUAAUUUUACAUCAGCAGGUGUUAGGCUGACACUAGAGUCAAUUCAAAUACAUAUAUCGAGUGUAUAAACUAUUUUCUGUUUUUUAACAGAUUGUAAUGGUAAUUUGGAAAAAUCUAUUUCAUUUAGGAUUCGCCUAUACGACAUGCAGAUUAACUGUAAGUUGAAAGGAAGCUCUAAAACAGAGCCAUUGGUAUGUAGCUACGAUGGCAGGAAAACCUGACUUAUCAGCAGCCACUGGCAUUCAAAAUGUUAUCGUGUAUGUUUCUGAUGACAAUUUUGCACAGGCAUACUCUUUAGGACAGCAAAAUGUACAAGAAACUAAUCACAUUGUUCAAGGCAAUGGCUAUGAUACCCUCUCAAAUCAAAACACUUCUAUGGUUGGACCUGCAAAAGCUUUUAGGGAAAAACCAACUAUUAAACUUGUUGACUAUGGUAUAAAACAGCAGCAAGUUGACAAUAUACAACAACGUGAAUACUAUAAUAAUACUGUACCUCAAAGUAGACCUGGAUAUAAUUAUCCACCUUUGCCACAAUCAGAAUAUUCACAAAAUAUUGUAAACGAUGGUACUUUCCAUAAUGGUAAUUGUGAGAAUGUGGAUAUUCUCCAACAGGAAGGGAAGCAAACUCCUGGGUCUAUCUGCAACAAUGUUAGAGUACGUGAAGAUUGUUCUAGUUGUGAAACUUAUGUGGAACAAGAUUAUACAAAGGUUGUGGGAACAGACAUACCUGUACAGGGCAUGUGCUAUGACACUGUUCGACUAGAAGCAGCAGACUCCAGUUGCAGUAGUUUGAGUUCCUCCGAUGAUGGUUCACAAGUGCUACCAAAUCAAACCUCUGAAAUGGUUGUUUAUGAUCCUAACAUAAAUUUACAAUCUGGUAAUGUGGUACUUACAGUUGGAUCUCCUUUGCAACAACAACAACAGCUACAACUUCAACAGCAACAGAUGCAACAACAAUCAAAUAAUCAAUUAAUUGAUAAUUAUGGUACACUUCAGAGGCCAACAAUUACUGUACCAUAUGGUUGGAAAAGACUAUUGAACAAUGGAUCAGUUAUUUAUAUAAGUCCUAGCUGCACAGCUUUAAGGUCACCCGAUCAAAUAAAGGAAUACUUAUUAACCGCUGGUACUUGUAAGUGCGGAUUAGAAUGUCAUUUCAAACAUGAAUCUGUAUUUAAUUUUGAUCCUAAGGUGAUUGGGAAACCAUAUGUUAUGCAACCCGAUUCUAAAUCAAAUAUGACAAAAUUGUGCAACCACAAAAGAAAAAUAAUGCCUUUAGUUCCUCUCGAAGGCCCGCCACUUGAUUCUAAUAUUAAAUUCCAAAGAGAACUUGGUAUGAAAAAAAAGAAAAGAAGAAUUGGCUUACCUUAUAUAGACGGAGUUCCUGUUUCUCAGUUAAUGACACACCGGGAAAAAGUAGCAUUAAAUCAAAAUACAGAUAAAGCAGCAGCACAACAGGUGUUUUCUGAUUAUCCUGCAAAUAAUCAACAACAGAACCAUGUAAUAAAAUAUCAAGAUCAACAAGGUAAUAGAGUGAUAUUAGGUGAUAGUACAGUAAUGGUUCAACAAUCGAAUAUAAACAACGAUAUACCUUCCCCAGAUGUUAUAAAAAAUGAUCCUCCUGUCCAUCAAAUGAAUAAUAUGCCUGUUUACAAUUCACAACCCAGACAAGUGAUGGGUUCGAAUGGACAAAUUUUACAUGUUCGAGGUCCUGCUAAUAAUCAAGGAAAUGUUUAUCAUAUGCCUCAACCACCAGGUCCUCGCAUGAUAACCCAAAUGCCAAAAGUAGAUCAACCUGAAGAACAUAGAAUUUUUAUUAGUCGCCAACCAACUGAACCUACUGGACCGGGAAGGCCUCAACACAUACAAAUUGUUCGGGUAAAUGCACCUAAUACACAAAAGGUCAUGGAGACUCACCAAAUGGUUGACAGGAAUCAACCAAAACGCCAUAUGCAGCCACUUCAACCACAAUUUUGCAAUCCUCAACAGUAUCAACAGGUUCAACUAUGUGCUCCGCAUAGGCACGUAAGGCCAUACAAUCAGGCAAAUACAGGCUUCAGACCUCAUCGUAUGGUCUACCAACCAAAUCAAAAUAUGCAGGCGGGUACACAACCCAAUAUGCAAAAAGUGAACUGGUCCAAUCAAAUGCUUCGUAGAUCAACCACCAUUGAACAGCAGAAGCAUCUGGUACAUCAACAAAAGCAAUUAGAACAACAACAACUGGAACAACAGCAGAAACAAUUAGAACAGCAACAGCAGAAUCAAGCAAAUAUUUGCGAGAGGGUACCACCUUUGUAUCAACAUACACCCCCAGUAGCCGUUUGCCAGGAAGAUAUGAGGAGGAAAAAGGUUAAGAUGGGGAAGUUUACUAAAAAUAGACCCUAUCGACUGGUGGAAGGAUCAUGUACCAAUAAUCACUUCUCCUGUCCCAACAUUGACAUAAGACACAUACCUCAAGAAAAUAGAUCAGUAAUGAUGAAUAACUUUUCGCAAAAUAUCAAAAGCUCCAGUCCUUCUUUCAUGGAGGAUCCUAGUGGGUAUUUAGCACAACAAACGGCUCUGCUAAACAAUACUAUUAAUAGACAAACAGGCGCUACUGGAUGUGCUGGUUUCACGUGCAACAGCCCAGGGUCUUUAUGUCAGAAUCCUCUACAACAAAAUCUUAAUAGCAGUCCUACAAGUUCGCCUUCACAAGAAUUACCCCCUUCCAAUAAUGUAAUGAUAAAUGAAUCAGUGAAUAAUCUUCUAAAAACGUCCCGCAAUAAUUUCAGUAGUAUUCAACAGGAAGCUUGUAAACCCAUUUCACCUCUUCAACAAAAUAAUAUAAUACAAGUUCAACCGAACUUUGGGAAUAAUAAGUCACAUCAGUAUUCUGCACAUUGCCGUUGUUGUGUCACUGAAGGAUUCCAGGUUAACUAUCCUGUGAAAACAGGGAGACCAAGUAGUUCAAAUGUACCAGGGACUUUAGAUGAUCCAGUAACUUCUUCAACGUCAUUUGAAAAGCAAUUUAAUCAAAACAAUGUAGAUAUACAACCUAUACAAGGAGGUACUGUCAGCACUAGUAAUAUUUCUCCAAUGGACAAUAAUUCGGAUCCUCCGACACCAGAAAGGAUGGUAGACAAUUCUCAAAUAUCUAGUACAGGAUUGUAUGCUGCUUAUAAUCAAGUUGACCAUACUAACGAGUUUAUAGGUCACAAUCGAUCCACAUUGUGUAAAGAUACUGAUAAUGUUUGUUGCUUCCAUUCUCAAGCUUCACCCCUAGUUACUACUAUGGCGAGUAGUAGAACUGUGGGCAGCAAUACAAUUACAUCAGUUUUAGCUGGUAGAACCAAUACUACUACAACUUCAUUGAAUACUCCUUCUUCUAUAACGGGCUCCUUCGUAACUAGAGCAACUGGUCAAAAUACUUCCACUGUCCAAUCGCAACCAGUUACGAAGUCUCCUUUAGAAAUGGUACAAAGUAUUGUUAGCAGUAUUCAAAUUCCAAAUAUAUCACAACCUUCUCAAAUUGUGAAGGAAGCAAUUCCACAAGAACAACACAUAUUGGUGUCAUCGGGAGAACAAGUUAUCAUGGGAGGAUCUAAUGAAGAUGUACACGCACCUCAGAAAGUUAUGACUAAUGAAGGUAUGCCUCCUGUUACGGUUUCUCCAAUGGUAACGAACGUAACAUCAUCUGUAGGUACUGUUAUUCCUGCCGUCGGUCAACAAGUUCUUGGUCAACAAACUGUCUUAGUAAACGCUCUUCCCGCUCCAUUUGUUCUCCAACCAGGAAUUUCUAUGACUAUGGAGGGAGUGCCUGUAGGACAGAAUCUUCAGUUACCACAAUUUGUUACUGGCAACAUCAUUCAACAACCAAUACAAAUUGAUAAUACUGAAGGGCGUAGAAUGCCUCCUCUUUUAUCUCCCGAUACAAAAAAGAAGGGCAAAAAGAGAAAAGAACCUGCGCAGACCGUUGCCAACAUGCUACAGUUUGCUACUCAACAGAACCCCAGUGUAGUAUUAUCACCGCAAGGUUUCCCACAACAAAUACAAAUGAAUAGUCCACAGUCUGUAACUGCUACACCUGUAAUGCAAGCUGUCACUAUCGUACCUAAUAAAACUGGAGCACCUGCUCAAAUUAUCAUGAGUGACCCUUCUAUGACCAACUCUAACUUAGGCACUCAACAAUUAAUAACUAACUCUCAAUCACAACAAAUAAAUCUGCUACAACCAGUGAAUUUGAUAAAUGGUACUGGAAUGGUUCAAAAUUUUCCAGCAAUUCAUCAAUUUAUUGUACCUAAUUUGGGGGGUAUGGUUGUAAAUCCAGAUGGUACAGCUACAAUCCUUCAAGAUACUUCAAAUUUGGGAAUGCAGCUCCAAUUUCAGAAUGUUAAUGGACAAAAUAUGCUGACAUCUGUUCAAAAUAACACUUUAUUCAACAAUGGACAAACUAUAUUCGCAACUGGUCCUUCGGGAAUGGUUAUAAGAACUCCGACAUCCCAAGGAAAGUUAAUCCAACAACAGCACAGUCCCGUUGCACAAUUUUUAUCCCCAAAUGGAGGACAGUUUAUCAUGAAUGGUUCCCAGUUUAGCGGGCAGUUGAGCCCAUUAGUAGCAAGCGUCAGUCCUAAUCAACAAGUAACUUUUAACAGUCCCCCGCAGCAGAUACGCUCUAACAAUUCGUUACAACCCCCCCAGCAAGAAUACAUACAUAUGAAUGGUCAAACUUUGAUUGUGCCGUGUUCUCCAGCAUCCACUAUACCUGUAUCAAAUCAAACAUCAAAUCAAAAUACCACGUUUCUUCAACAGAACACUACAAUAGUUCAGCAACAGACUACAAUGCUGACAAACCAAGGGUUGCAGAAUUUCCCGAAUAAUCAACAGGGGGGAUCCAAAUCGACAAUGUUAAAUUCAAGUAUUGAGGAAUCAAGGGAAAGCCCAAAAUCAUCUAGUCACUGCAGACAGUCAGUUUCAACACAAACGGCUGUAAAUCAAAACGUUCAGGCAAUUAUCACAAACACCUCUUGUCAAACGUCAACAAUAUCUGCGUCCAGUCCUCCAGAUACUACCACUAUGAGUCCCGUUCCAGUAGCAUCAGAAAUGCAGAGCCCCAUACUUGCCGACACUACUACACAUAACGACGAUGGGUUGUCUCCCGUACCCUUGAGCUGUUCAACUGGUCGCAAUGAAAGUAAUAUUAGAUCUGAAUCUCAAUCUUGUACCAUGGCUAUGGUCCAUUGUAUAUCAAGUAGUGAACCAGAUCCAUCAGAUAUGCAGAAUCUAGAUCACGAUUGGAAACAAAGUCUGCAGGCCAGUAGUAGCAGCAUAAAUGGAACUUAUACAGAUAUGACGCAUAUCGGCAAGAUUUCAACUUCCCCUACCCAUCUAGUAUCCGCAGAAUCUUCCUCUUUAGUCACGAGUCUUCACUAUGGUGUGUCUGACCAGGAGCCGAUAAGCAGUUCCAAACAUUUUGAUAGAAAGAAAACUGCAACCGAUUGUUGUGUCGUUAUGGAAACGCAUCAUGAACAGGUUUCAUUAUUUGGUGGAAGUGCUGAUGCGCUCAAUCAAAAUGAAUUGGAAGAAGAAAUUGAAGAUAAUGGGGCAGAUGGUAACGGUCAAGGUAGCGAGGGAGAAGAAGACGAUGAUCCCAACGAAGGAUAUUUGGUUGGCAGUCUCCUAAUAAACUCUUGAAUCAGUAUUGCAGCGCCAUAUUUAUUCAAAGCAUUUAACUUCACACCUAAAAAAAUAUGUCAUUAACUGUUUUCAUGUUAGUUAUAAAUAAAGAAAUUGGAAUAGAGUAUGGAAUACUAAAGAUGUCGUCCGUGUUAUUCCUUUAAAAAGAAAUUAUUUAAGUAUCAUUAUUAUUGAUCUUUUAGAUAUACUUCGUGUUCCUUACUCUUGGAUCAUUCUAUAUGUUGUUUUCAAAUGAAUUAUUAUUACUAGGAGACCAAAUUUCUCUCUAGUCGCUUUAUUGUCUAAAAUACUACAGUAUAUAGUAAGAGUUUUUGUAUCUAUAUAGUAAAAACAAAAUAGAUUUGUAUAAUUAAUUUAGGUAUGAUGUAUAAAUUAUGUAGCUAAGAAAUACAUAUUCGUUUAGAAAA